CAUAAAAGGCAUUCCUUAAUAUAAGAAUCAUAUGCGAAACAUACCAGCAUGGACAUGGUGGGGAACAAAUUUAAAGUCUCUUUAUGUAAAGAUAUUUUUACCUCUCUCUCUCUAUACUGUUGCAUGAACCUGCUUUUUCAUGAUCAAGGCUUGCACUGCUGCACCCAAUGAUCCCCUCAAUCAUCUCAUUUACAUACUUCUCAGCUUCCUCAGCUCCUUCUCUGCAACAACGACCUUAACUACCUUUCCCUCUCCUUCUCAUAUGGCUGCCAAGUUUAUUUUCUUCCUGUUCUUGUUACUUGUAUCUCUGACCUGCACUUUGCAAGCCAUCAGUACAAAUCAAUCUCAAUUUUUCAAUCUAAUGAGGACUUCUCUGUCAGGAAAUGCCUUGUUUGAUUGGGAUGUCACUUCAGGGGAAUCUUAUUGCAAUUUCGAGGGAGUUAGUUGCAACAUUCAAGGGUAUGUAGAAAAAAUUGACAUGACUGGUUGGUCAGUCUCUGGCCACUUUCCAGCUGGUAUAUGCUCUUACCUGCCAAAGUUACAUAUUCUCCGUCUCGGCCACAACCAUCUAUAUGGUGAUUUCCUUCACAGUAUCAUCAACUGUUCUCUCUUAGAAGAGCUGAAUAUGAGUUCUUUAUAUCUCCGUGGAACACUACCUGAUUUCUCACCACUAAAAUCUCUUCGGGUACUUGACAUGUCAUACAACUUCUUCACAGGCGAUUUUCCAAUGUCAGUGACUAAUCUUAGCGAUCUUGAGAUGCUUAACUUCAAUGAAAAUGUGGAACUCAACUUGUGGCAACUGCCGGAGAACACUUCCAAGCUGACAAAGCUUAAAUCGAUGAUAUUGAUGACAUGCAUGCUGUAUGGUCCAAUCCCAGCAUCAAUAGGAAACAUGACGUCCCUGAUUGAUCUUGAAUUAAGUGGGAAUUAUCUCACGGGACAAAUUCCUGCAGAGAUUGGAUUUUUGAAGAACUUGCAACAACUUGAGCUCUACUACAAUUAUUACCUUUCUGGCAGUGUACCUGAAGAACUUGGAAAUUUGACAGAGCUAGUAGAUAUGGAUAUCUCAGUCAAUAAGUUGACAGGAAAAGUUCCAGAAUCUAUAUGUCGCCUUCCGAAGCUCGAAGUCCUGCAGCUUUACAACAACAGCCUCUCGGGAGAAAUCCCAAGUGCUAUUGCCAACUUAACAACUUUGCGCAUUUUAUCAAUUUAUGACAACUCUUUUACAGGAGAAGUUCCACAAAAUCUGGGGCGGCUGUCACCUAUGAUUGUCCUAGACUUAUCAGAGAACCGCCUGUCGGGUCCGUUACCAGCAGAAGUUUGCAACAGAGGUAAAUUGAUUUACUUUCUUGCCUUGGAUAAUAUGUUUUCUGGGGUGCUACCUGAUGGUUACACAAAAUGCAACACCCUUCUCCGGUUUCGAGUAAGUCAUAACCGUUUGGAGGGCCCAAUACCAGGAGGACUUCUAGCUCUUCCUCAUGUUUCAAUCAUUGAUCUGAGUUACAAUAACUUUAGCGGUUCAAUUGCAACUACUACAGGAACUGCUAGAAACUUGACAGAAUUGUUCUUGCAAAGCAACAAGAUUUCAGGACUUCUACCUCCUGAAAUUUCUGGUGCUAUCAAUCUGGUGAAGAUUGAUGUUAGCAAUAAUCUCCUAUCUGGGCCGGUACCUUUUCAAAUUGGCUUUCUGACAAAGCUAAAUUUACUAAUGCUUCAAGGCAACAUGCUGAAUUCUUCCAUCCCCAAUUCAAUUUCUAUGUUGAAAUCUCUUAAUGUUCUUGAUCUCUCCAACAACAAGUUGACCGGAAAUGUCCCCGAAAGUCUCAGUGUGUUGUUGCCAAAUUCUAUCAACUUUUCAAACAAUCGUCUUUCUGGUCCAAUUCCUCUAUCUCUGAUAAAGGGUGGGCUGUUAGAGAGUUUCUCAGGCAACCCAGGUCUUUGUGUUCCAGUCUCUGUUUCAUCAGAUCAAGGUUUCCCCAUAUGCUCACAGACUUAUAAAAGAAAGAGACUAUAUUCUAUUUGGGUGAUCGGAGUUUCAGUGGUUAUCAUAAUAGUUGGGGCUGUCUUGUUUCUGAAACGUAAACUGAGUAAAGAAAGGUUCAUGGGACGUGAUGAAACCAUGUAUUCAUCAUUCUUUUCAUACAAUGUGAAGAGCUUCCAUCGAAUUAGUUUUGACCCACAAGAGAUACUGGAAGGCAUGGUUGAUAAAAACAAAGUGGGCCAAGGAGGAUCUGGGACUGUGUACAAAAUUCAAUUGAGAAGUGGGGAAGUUGUUGCAGCAAAGAGGCUAUGGAGUAAGAGAACGAAAGAUUCAGCUUCAGAAGAUCGGCUGCGUAUGGACAAGCAAUUGAACACUGAGGUUGGGACCCUGGGAAGUGUAAGGCACAAGAAAAUAGUCAAAUUGUACAGUUAUGUCUCGAGCUUGGAUUGCAACGUAUUGGUUUACGAGUAUAUGCCAAAUGGAAACCUCUGGGACGCCCUUCACAAUGGUCAGAUCCAUCUAGAUUGGCCCAUCCGUCAUCAAAUAGCACUUGGAAUCGCACAGGGCUUGGCUUAUCUCCACCAUGAUCUGUUGCCACCUAUAGUUCAUAGAGAUAUAAAGUCAACCAAUAUCCUGCUAAAUGUUAACUACCAGCCCAAGAUUGCAGAUUUUGGAAUAGCCAAGGUUUUGCAAGCUAGGGUAGGCAAAGAUUCCUCCACCACUGUAAUUGCUGGAACCUAUGGUUACUUGGCUCCAGAAUAUGCAUAUUCAUCUAAAGCAACGACCAAAUGUGAUGUCUACAGUUUUGGGGUAGUCCUGAUGGAAUUAAUAACAGGGAAGAAGCCACUAGAGGCAGAAUUUGGGGAGGACAAGAAUAUCAUAUCUUGGAUUUCAGCAAAAGACACCAAGGAAGGAGUUAUGGAAGUAUUGGACGAACGAUUGUCAGGGUCUUUCAGGGAUGAGAUGAUCCAGGUUCUACGGAUUGCCAUCUGCUGUACCUGUAACAACCCAGCCCUCCGCCCAACAAUGAACGAAGUUGUCAAGUUCCUGAUUGAGGCAGACCCAUGCAGGUUCGAUUCUUGCAAGUCAUCUAAUAAGACAAAGGAGACUUCAAAUGUCACUAAAUAAACAGCACAAAUGAAUUAUGAUCGCAAUAAGAGCAUGGUGAGCUCUAGGUAAAAUAUCAUAGCAUCUAUACAGUAGUAUAUAUUGUCCCUAAGGUACUGAAGACUUGUCAUUAAGAGCAACUUACUCUUCUUUUUCCUCUAACUAAAGUAGCUUGUAGAUUCUUCUCUC